CGUAAACUGCCUUUCUAUAUUCUGCCGAACACGUAUAAUUAUACAAAUUACAAGGUGCAUCUGGGAAUCUCUUCGUAUAGGUCUACCUCUACAAGCCGUUUUCAUCUUUAGAGCUGGUGAAUUGAGUGAUAAUAGAUAAGAUGGCGGAAGCAAAUCCUACUCGUGCUCGGAGUGAUUCUUUACGUGCUCUCAGUGGUUCUUUAGAAGCUUUGUGGAAAGAGAAUUCGAUUUCAGAAGAUAAUUAUAUACAAUUUAAUAGAAACUUAGAUACACCAAGCUGCGAUACACCAUAUACAGAGAACGACGUUCAACUUACACCUUCACUAAGAAACCGAAGCCACGAAAACGAUGAAGUAUCGAUAAUUGAUAGCAGUCAGAGUGUUGCUUCGGGAAACUACGAGGAAAUUUCUUCCUCACGUCCUCAGAGCACAGCUUCGGAAAUCUACGAGGAAAUACCUUCCACACCACCUCAGAGCACCGCUUCGGAAAUCUACGAGGAAAUACCUUCCACACCACCUCAGAAUAAUGCUUCGGAAGUCUACGAGGAAAUUUCCUCCUUCGAUGUUACUUCAGCAGACGAUACGAACACUACUUCGUAUCUAAGUAAAUGCUUAAAUUCAGUGAAAAAUGUCAAGCAGAACUUUGGUACACUCUCGGUGAUUGGUUUUUCUAUUGCCAUUAUUAUUGUUUCUACAUAUCUUUAUUAUAUUCAUUUUCAGAGUGAUCAAACAGUAUUUUUUAAAUAUUGAAAUAAUUGAUAUUUAAAUAAUUGCAUUCACCUUUUGUUUUUUUCUUGUGCUCAUUAGGUGGGGGGCCAACUGCUCAUAUAUAUAUAUAUAAGUAAAAUAAUUUAUAAUUUACUGAAAAAUAAUAUUCUAACUGAAGAAGAAAACGAAGAGGAACGAUAGGCAAUAAAAUAUCCUUUCAGAAGAAGACAAAUUUUAAAAUGAGUCAUCUGAAAGAAGAGGAUCCGUGAUCUUUAUAGCAUCUUUAUCAGAGUUCAUAUUCUACAGUAAAAGUUUGAGAGGAACUUUAUUCUUCCUCUCAAGUUAUCAUCAAAGAGUAGUCUUUCUCACAAGGAAAAAACGUUGAACUUUGUUAUCUUUAUUCAAAAUUGUAUUAUGUAAUUUAAAACUUUUUUGCAUGUAAAUUAAAAUA